AUGGGGAAUUGUUGCUCUCGUGGCAACCCUGCCGGUGCCCCUAACACUAAUGAAAAGGGAGACGCCACACCUGAUAAUAAUGGUAACAACCCCAGCAGCUCUUCCCUGCAGGAGAGUUCUGCCAAUAAUCCACCUAGGCAUUCGCAACCUUCACCCUCACCGGGAGCCUCCUCCAAGCCUUCCAAACCUAGCCCGAUUGGCCCUGUCUUAGGCCGCCCCAUGGAAGACAUUAAAUCCACCUACACCAUUGGCAAAGAAUUGGGCAGGGGACAGUUUGGGGUUACACAUUUGUGUACGAACAAGGCAACAGGGGAACAAUUCGCGUGCAAGACAAUAGCGAAGAGGAAACUUGUUAACAAGGAGGAUAUUGAGGAUGUCAGAAGGGAGGUACAGAUCAUGCACCAUUUGACGGGUCAACCUAACAUUGUGGAACUCAAGGGAGCUUACGAGGAUAAGCAUUCGGUUCAUUUGGUGAUGGAGCUAUGUGCUGGAGGAGAGCUCUUUGAUAGGAUCAUUGCUAAGGGCCAUUACACCGAGCGUGCAGCCGCUUCUUUGCUUAGGACAAUUGUUCAGAUUGUGCACACAUGCCAUUCUAUGGGGGUCAUCCAUAGGGAUCUCAAGCCUGAGAAUUUCCUCUUGUUGAACAAGGACGAAAACUCCCCACUCAAGGCCACGGAUUUUGGUCUGUCAGUCUUUUACAAGCCAGGUGAAGUAUUUAAAGAUAUUGUUGGUAGUGCAUAUUAUAUUGCACCUGAAGUCUUGAAGAGGAGAUAUGGACCAGAAGCCGAUAUAUGGAGUAUUGGAGUUAUGUUGUAUAUUCUUCUAAGUGGUGUUCCUCCCUUCUGGGCAGAAUCUGAACAUGGGAUAUUCAAUGCAAUUUUACGUGGCCACAUUGAUUUCACAAGUGAUCCAUGGCCUUCAAUUUCACAUCAAGCAAAGGAUCUUGUCAGGAAGAUGCUAAAUUCCGAUCCCAAGCAGAGGUUAACAGCCAUCCAGGUUCUAAGCCAUCCAUGGAUCAAAGAGGAUGGUGAAGCACCUGAUACACCUCUAGACAACGCAGUGCUAACCAGGCUCAAACAGUUCAAAGCAAUGAACAAGUUCAAGAAAGUUGCUUUGCGGGUCAUUGCGGGAUGUUUAUCAGAGGAAGAAAUCAGGGGAUUGAAGGAGAUGUUCAGGGGAAUGGAUACCGAUAACAGUGGGACAAUAACACUUGAAGAAUUGAAGCAAGGUCUUGCCAAGCAAGGAACGAAACUAUCUGAAUAUGAAGUUAAACAACUAAUGGAGGCUGCUGAUGCAGAUGGAAAUGGAACCAUAGACUAUGAUGAGUUCAUCACGGCCACAAUGCAUAUGAACAGAAUGGAUAGAGAAGAUCAUCUGUACCAUGCCUUCCAACAUUUUGAUAAAGACAAUAGCGGGUACAUCACGACUGAAGAACUAGAACAAGCUCUCCGUGAGUAUGGCAUGCAUGAUGGCAGAGACAUAAAGGAAAUCCUUUCAGAAGUUGACUCUGACAAUGAUGGAAGGAUCAACUACGAAGAAUUUGUGGCAAUGAUGAGAAAAGGAAACCCUGAACCAAACCCGAAGAAGCGGCGUGAUGUAUUCGUUUGA